AUGAGCGCGAUACUAGAUGAUUCGCCUCCGCAUGCAGCCCCGGAUGAUGCACCUACAUCAUGGGAGACGCGGGCAGGCUCCAACAUGCCGCUACACGAUAUCAUGGAGCAGUGGUCAAAGUAUGAAGUAGAAGAAACUAAUGAUGACGCAUGGGGCCAACCGAAUGAGAAUUUGGAUGAGGGAGAUGAUGAUCCCUCAGAUGAUGCGGAGAGCUUCAAUAUGAAUCCAAUCGAAGAGACUGAUACGGAUGAAACCCUCAGUACUACGAUGCCAGCACUUGUAAAAUACCGCGAAUUUAUUGUUGGAAACCCCGCCUACGACUGGUUUCUUAAGGAUAUCCAUAAGCACUCCCAUCUUGUUCCAUCAAGUCCAGAUAUAAGCGCGGAAAUUCGAAAAACCAUCUUGCAAGCUCUACCUUCACAGACCACCUUCAGCAGGCGGGAGCCCGUCAAUUUGUAUAAGAUGACCUACAGUAUGGACUGGGACUUGAUCUCGUUUUUGAAGGAACAGGAAUACAAUGAAGAAAAUUACCGGGCGCUUCCGUUGGUUAUCACGUUGACAGGUUCUCGGGAAGCAGCCCAGGCGCUUACAUGUUCCCAAUAUCUCCAUCAGACAUGGCCAUCUUCUGCAGGUGAAGUACUCAAGACACUUCAGACAGUCUUGCAAAAGAGCAAAGCUGCAGGAACAAAAGACACCAAGUAUGAUUUAGCGGGAUCUCGGCUUCCAAAACCACGCAACAAUAGAAUAUACAGUCAGACUUUUAUUACCAGUGGCCAGAUAGUUACAGGUUGCUCGCCUUUUCUGGUUGGCUACAAAGACACCCCUUUUCACGUGUCCCGUGCUAGAUACAUUAGAAAGCUGAAGUGGAUUAUCCAAAAGUUGGUCGUUCUCUGGGAUGAAGAGACAAAGCAAGGGUGGCUGUUGAACGGAGCUAGCGCUCUAUCACAUCUUAUACUUGCUUCCAUAGUGCAAGAUACCACAGAUCCCCUCAUCUCGGAGUGUCUUUUUCAAUGGGAUAAAUUAGAAGAAGGCCCUUCUAAUAGCGCACACAUACCUGGAUCCGCUAUCGCAUUGCUUCUAAACCACAACAACCGGGCCUUAGCAAUCUACAACAGCAAAGAUAAACAUAUCAAGUUUGAGAACAGAGCGGAGCAUUUCCUCAACAUACUUGAGCAAAUAUUCGAUUAUAAAGUGUAUACUGUAGGGCCAGAUGGCGAUGGGUACACCUCAAAGUCUAUUCCUCGGGCGCAUUUCGAAGGUUGGGACUUCCACGACCUUGCCACCGAAUCAGAUCCACUAUACCCCCGGCUAGCGAAGAUGGCAUCAAAGGGUAAGGCGUGGAUCGAUUUUACGCGGUCUAUUCACGCGAUCAAUCUUUUGGGCCGUGGAUUCGGGGAGAUAUUAGAACCGUUAAACUCUUCUUGCUCUCACUGGGCCUCCCUUCCCAAGGACCAAUAUUACCUGGCUGCUGGGAUCGCAGAUCUACAGAAUAUUGUUGAGUAUACCGGUGAUCUGACGGCGAAUCCAAUUAGGCUCAGUGAAGAUCUAGUAUGGCACAACCCAGAACACAUCUUUGAUUUCUGUGGGUGCGUGGAUGCGACCGCGAAUCACGCGGAUGUAGUCCAGCGGUCGUGUUUGGGUCUUUUUGGGUCUUCCCGGGAUUUCCAAUGGCGAUGGGGUGAUUCUGGGGAUCCCGAAAGAGACGAUAUCCAAGCCGAUGAGCAAGAGUAUCUUUCUUCAACAUACGAUCUUGGGCCCGACAACAGCAACACAAGUUCAAUCGGCUCUAAGAGCGAUCUUGCCCGAUUAUCCAGCAUUGAGGCGCCUUCAACAGAAGAUACCAUUCCCACUUCUUGUGCCGAGGAUGAGGGUACACAACCAAAGCCUCUAGCCAGAUCAUACACUCAUUGGAACCUGGCAUCACUAAGAGCCGAAGACUACGCUGUUGGUAUUGUAUGUGCACUUCCAUUGGAGCUUUUGGCUGUUCGAGCUUUAUUCGACCAAACACACCCGACGAUCGAACUGUCAGCCGCACACUCAAAUCACUACGCACUUGGUAGCAUGGGUCGACACAGGGUUGUCGCUGCGUGUUUACCUGACGGCGAAUACGGCACAAACUCUGCCGCAGAUGUCGCUUCGAACUUACGAAGAAGCUUCCCUUCUGUAAAGUUCUGUUUACUCGUGGGUAUCGGUGGCGGUGUUCCAUCACCCACGAACGAUAUUCGUCUAGGCGACGUGGUGGUGAGCAAGCCAAUUGGCAUGAAUCCCGGGGUAAUUCAAUACGAUAUGGGCAAGGCCCUAAGAAGUGGCGUCUUUGAACAAAACGGAGUUCUCUAUGCUCCUCCCCACAUGAUUAUGACUGCUUUAAGCAGCUUGAAAUCCGACCCACAUCUUCCUGAGAAUCCGCUACAGGAGUACAUCGACGAAAUCGCAGCAUGGAGGAAAGAGAGCAAUGUUCUUUGUUUUGAUAUGGAGGCAGCUGGCAUUAUGAACACUCUACCUUGCUUGGUUAUCCGAGGGAUCUGUGACUAUUCGGAUAGUCAUAAGAAUAAGGUGUUUCAGGAGUAUGCGGCAGCAACUGCUGCAUCUUAUGCCAAGCUACUUCUUUCUUAUAUUAAAUAUACUAAUGAGAUGGACGGAAUGGCGUCGAGGUCAAUUAAAGAUGACCAGAGUCUUUUGGGUGCUUUCCGGAGGGCAUUGACCUUUCUACCGAUGCGUGGAGCUUGA